UUUUUUUUAGGGUUUCGAGUUCAUAUCAAAUUUCAAAGUUGUUCAAAUUUUUGCAGAUUACGAUUUAAAAAAUUUUCAAAUUGGUCCUCGAAUCCAAUUGAGCCUCUAGUUUGUUUGGAAGAAAUCAUCGAUAAUGCCGAAGAGAAAAGCGAAGGAGUGUGUCAAACCCACUGAAGAAGAUGACAAGCGAAUUCGAAGAGAAGAUAAGAAAGAAGAAGACUUCGUCGACGAAGAAGUUGAAAGACAAAUCGCUGCGAUUAGGGCGAUCCGUGAUGUUGAGAUUGAACAAACAUUAACUGCGUUGAGGUUGCUCCGUUCAUAUUUUACUGAGGAACAGCUCGACACUCCUGUCCUAGAAUUCUUCAAAGAGAACCUUCCGGAUUUGACAGUAUCGAGAAACGAAGAAACUGGGGAGAUUGAGUUGAAAUGGAAAGACGAAAAUGGUCAUUCUUCGGAUGGCGUUGACAUGAAUUAUUCUAUUCUUAAACGCUUGUCAAUGGGUUUCCCUGAUUUAUACACUAGUAGGCCUUCUCUUGGUGGCUAUGAUUUACCUGAUAACGUGAAAGCAAGCCUGUUAGGAACUGAUAACCCACAGCUCGAGGAUCUUGUCUUCCAGGGGAUAUCUGACAACCAUAUGCUUGCAAGCCAUGCUGCUUUUCAGACUCCUGGGGUAAAUGGGCAGAGACUCUCUUUUGGAAUGACACCAAAGACUCGGAGGCUACCAAAACCUGGAGAGAUGAUGCUCUCUGUGCAUGGCUCUCCUUUGGGGGUCUACAAAGAAGACCACAACAUUGGAGCUAUAAAUGAGGAAAACAGUUGAAGAGCUUCAUAGAUUCAGACACUUUUGGAUUGUGAUGGUUUACUCUUCAAGUUGUAGGAUCUACUCAGAUUCCAAAAAUCGCAUACUAUGGUAAUUUAAGUCUUCAGAACAACACAACAAUAAACGUUUUGUGUAUAAAUAGAUUAAACUUUUUAGUACGCUUUACCAAUUGAAGUACAAGACAAGUGAAUAGUUAUUUCUUCUC